AUGCAAAAGGAGUCCUCCGCGGGGUUGCGUCAAUUGCUAGAUCAUACCGAGAAACACGUUCGUGCUCUAAAGAAGCUUGGCGAGCCCACGGGACAAUGGGGCACCAUUCUCGUCCAUUUAAUGACCGCUAAGUUUGAUAAUAUCACAAAACGCGAAUGGGAAAACAAGGCGUCGGCCAGAGAAGUCGCGACAUAUAAGCAAUUCAUCGAUUUCACUACUGAUCGGUGCGUGAUGCUAGAGACGUUACUACUCGAUAAAUCAAAAUCCGCGAAAUUACAAAGUAAUGACCCUAAGUCCAAUUACGCGAAUAAAAAAUCAGUCGCGGCAGUAACCGCCGAGGCAAAACCAGACGAAUGUUUAGCAUGCAAUCAGGGAAAGCAUCGAUUAUAUCAUUGCGCGACUUUCCUCAAUCUAACUCCUCAGGCGAGAGGUAAAGAAGUAAAACGCUUAAAAUUGUGUUUCAAUUGUUUUAAGGGCGGUCAUAGCGUCGAAACAUGCAACUCCAGUACAUGUCGACUAUGUCACAAGAAACACAACACGUUGCUGCACAUCCCAACGAGCGUAGGUACAGAGCAUGGAAGUAAUAAUCGAACCACGACCAUCGAAUCGCAGACAUCUACGGAGGCACCAUCAACAAGCGUGGCGCAUCAUGCCGUUCGUCUCAGCGAUCGUGGGUUACUGGCUACGGCGAUUAUCAAUAUACAAGAUAACAGUGGAGGCGUUCGAGAAUGUCGCGCCUUCCUCGAUCCCGGAUCUCAAUCUAACUUUAUGACAAAAGAACUUUGCGAACGAUUAGGCCUUACACAGAGGAAGAAUCACAUGCAGAUCCGCGGCAUUGACAAAGUUCAGACAGCAACAUUCACAGAGACUCACGCUACGAUACGAUCCAAGUUUAACGCUUUCAAAUCUAAGCUCACUUUCUCGAUAUUACCCGAAAUCACAGUCAAUCUCCCCCUGUCGGAGAUCAACAAGAAGCAUUUACAGAUACCAGAGACGAUCAUUCUAGCCGAUCCAUCGUUUCACACGCCGGGGAAGAUAGACGUAUUACUAGGAAGCGCCAUAUUCUGGGAGCUACUAUGCGUCGGCCAGAUCAAAUUGGGAAAAAAUCAACCUAUCGCGCAGAAAACGAAAUUAGGUUGGAUCAUCGCCGGACCUUUAGGCCUCGAAAGGGCGCCGGAAAGUUCAGUCGCAUCUGUCUCUAUCGUCUCCAGUACCAUUGCUAUCGAAACCCAAUUAGAGCGCUUCUGGCAAAUAGAAGAAGGCAACCGUCCUUCGGAAUUAUCAGAGAGCGACAAAAUUUGCGAAGAGGAGUUUACUCUGACGCAUAAACGCGACGCGGAAGGACGUUUCAAAGUUCGAUUGCCAUUAUGCGACAGCGUGAAUCGACUGGGAGACUCGCGAGAAAUAGCCACCAAACGGCUACGAUGCAUGGAAUGGAAAUUUGCGAAAUCCCCAGAAUUAAAGCAACAAUACACGCUCUUCAUGCAAGAAUACGAAGUAUCGAAACACAUGACCGAAGUCCCGAAUCAGGAAGAGUCUGGGAUAAUCACAUACCUGCCACAUCAGGCAGUCUUAAAACCCGAUAGUUCAACCACGAAACUCAGGGUUGUAUUUGACGCGUCGUGUCCUACAUCUUCAGGAGUGUCACUCAACAAUAUACUACGCAUUGGACCUACCAUUCAGCGAGAUCUACUCUCCAUAAUUUUGAGAUUCCGUCGACAUCAAUUUGCAAUCACAGCGGACAUUAAACAGAUGUACCGACAAGUACUGGUGCAAGAAGAUCAGCAUGACCUGCAGAGAAUUCUAUGGAGACAAGAGCCAGGCGAGCCCAUCCAGGAAUACCGUCUCAAUACCCUUACAUAUGGCCUAUCCAGCGCACCAUUCCUGGCCAUUCGAUGCCUAUAUCAGGUCUCAAUCGAAAACCAAGACCGAUAUCCUGAAGCGAGCAGAAUCAUUCGUGAUGACUUCUACGUUGAUGAUUUGCUGUCCGGUGGCGAUGACAUAAACACGUUACGUCGACUCAAGGAUGAAUUAACCGAGAUUUUACAAUCCGCGGGAUUCUGCCUUCACAAGUGGAACACGAACGAGCCUACGAUCCUUGACGCAUCGUCAGACGUCCAAGCGUUACCAAGAUGUGACGAAAUCAAGACGCUAGGAAUUGGUUGGAACACCACUGACGAUUAUCUACAGUACCGGACGCGCGCUAUAGAGGGAGGUCAACGUGCAACAAAACGUACGGUGUUAUCCAUUAUCGCACAACUAUACGACCCAUUAGGGCUAAUGGGUCCUGUAAUCAUUCGUGCCAAGAUCAUACUUCAGCAACUUUGGCAAUCAAAAAUCGGAUGGGACGAAUCUCUUCCGCAGGACUUAUACACAACCUGGAGGCAAUAUCAAGAGCAGAUGAAGGAGAUGGAAUUAAUUUCUAUCCCACGACACGUCAUGUGCAAAGAACCGCAAACGAUAGAGCUGCAUGGGUUCUGCGAUGCCUCAGAGACUGCUUACGGCGCUUGCAUCUUUAUACGAAGCACUAAUUUUGCAGGAGACAUCGUCGCGCGACUACUCUGUGCAAAGUCGAGGGUCGCACCCCUCAAGAGUAUCACGCUGCCGCGGCUCGAAUUAUGCGGAGCGUUGCUGCUCGUCAAGCUUGGAGAAACUGUGCGACAAGCUCUAGCAAUCAAGUUCGAUCAUAUUCAAUAUUGGAGUGAUUCAACCAUAACACUGGCGUGGAUCAAGCAUCACCCCGGAGAACUACAAACGUUUGUCGCGAACAGGAUAGCCACAAUACAGCGCACAGCACCAGACGUGCAAUGGUCACAUGUGCGAUCCAAGGACAACCCAGCUGAUAUUAUUUCCAGAGGCACAACUCCACGAAAUCUAAAAACUUCAUUCUUGUGGUGGACUGGACCACCCUGGCUGACGCAAGGCCGACAGGACUGGCCGAUCGAAUCCGGGUCAAGCAUACCGGAAAUACCUGAGCUCAAGAAACAAGUGGUAGCUUAUCACGGCGUUCCCCUGGACACCAACUUGUUUGCAAGAUUCUCAUCACUAUUUCAGCUCAAGAGGACUGUAGCAUACUGUUUGCGUUUCAAGGCCAACGCGUGUGCAAAAGCAAAGCGACGUACCGGCCCCUUAUCAGUGGAAGAGUUAAACAGAGCAAUGGUAUCACUCACGCGAGUAGCUCAACUGAAUGAAUUUGCUACGGAAAUUGCAGAUCUACAAACAAAACGGGAAAUAUCGAGAAGGAGCAAGCUCCUUCCGUUGAAUCCUUUCUUAGACGAAACGGGACUCUUACGUGUGGGAGGUAGGCUUCGUCACGCGGACGCAGAUCACGCGAAACGACAUCCCAUAAUAUUGCCUGCCAAGCAUCCACUCACUGAUUUGAUCAUUCGAGAUUCACAUCUAAAACAGAUGCACAUGGGGUCUCAAGGUCUCCUUGCGCAUCUGCGCUCCUCGCAUUUAGAAUUAGUCAGCGACUUGACGACUGUAGCGUUUCUCAGUGCGUUAAAGCGAUUCAUAGCCAGACGCGGUCGAUGUGCCAAUUUAUUUUCGGACAAUGGCACGAACUUUAUAGGCGCAAACAAUGAAUUACAAGCCCUUUCCAACAUGCUAAGAAAGGAUCGUGAGAACAUCGAACGGUUUCUAGCAGACCAAUCAGUGCAGUGGCACUUCAUACCCGCACAAUCUCCGCAUAUGGGCGGACUCUGGGAAGCGGUC